CGUUUAGUUUUACACCCAAAACAGUAAAUAAUAUUUUGACCAAUCAGCUUAACAAAGCUUAUACCGUCGAGAAACACUAUUACAAGUGUCCUAUGCAUGCUUAGUCGCCUUUCGAGUUUGCUUUUACUCGUAGUUUAAUUUGCGUUGAUUUCUUUUGCAUCACUUUUCGAGACAAUGGAGUCACUCCGCCAUCAGCGCUUACAGCCCGGUAUCGGAUACGGAGCGAGCGCGACCGGGACUCUUCGAUCCCUGCGGCCCGGUGUAACUGGUACUCUUUCUUCGGCGCAGGCUUCCCAUAUGUCGGUGUCUGCCUCCCCGGGGCCGCCACCACCACCGCCGCCCCUGCAGCUCCACAGCCUCGGGUCCGGUUUCAUGGGCAGCACGGGGUUCGGUUCGGUGGACAUGGCGACGGCGGGUCUGGGUCUAUCCAAUCCCACCAAUCCGGCGGUGCUGAGAGAGGCGGUGGACGCGGUGGUCCGGAGCUUUGCGAAACACACGCAAGGAUACGGCAGGGUGAACGUGGUGGAGGCCUUACAGGAGUUCUGGCAGAUGAAGCAGUCACGGGGCGCAGAUCUGAGGAAUGGAGCUCUGGUGGUGUACGAGAUGGUCCCAUCCAAUAACCCCCCCUACGUGUGCUACGUCAGUCUUCCUGGAGGCAGCUGUUUUGGGAGUUUUCAGUUCUGCCCAACCAAAGCUGAAGCACGACGGAGCGCAGCCAAAAUUGCGCUAAUGAAUUCUGUUUUCAAUGAACAUCCAUCUCGACGCAUCACAGAUGAAUUCAUAGAGAAGAGCGUGUGUGAGGCUCUAGCUUCCUUUAAUGGAAACCGAGAAGAAGCCGAUAAUCCCAGUACAGGCAUCGGUGCCUUUCGGUUCAUGUUAGAGUCGAACAAGGGAAAAUCUAUGCUAGAGUUCCAAGAGCUCAUGACAGUAUUCCAGCUGCUCCACUGGAAUGGUAGCCUCAAAGCCAUGAGAGAAAGACAGUGCUCCCGUCAGGAAGUUCUUGCUCAUUACUCUCACAGAGCACUCGAUGACGAUAUGCGUACACAAAUGGCGGCUGACUGGGUCAACCGAGAUCGCGCUUUAUCUGGUACUAUCAAUCGGGAGCUUGCCGCUACAGAACGUGAACUGGAAGAGGCCCGACUGGCCGGACGAGAGCUUCGGUUUUAUAAGGAAAAGAAGGACAUUCUGCUGAUGGCGGUGGGGCAGCUAGGUGGGUCGAACACUACAACUCUGCCCUGCACAUGCUGAGAACAUGAAGAACAACAAACACGGCAUGUGAUUGUGACAGACCAGUUACCAGAGAAGUCUCAUAUAGCACUCCCAAUCUCAAAACAGCCUUUAUAAAUGUGUGUGUGUUUGUGUGCAAGGAGUCAAUGAUUCAGCAUCAUGGAUAACUCCACUGACAAAACAAUGUCAAUGAGCCGUUUCCGUUUCUGUCAGCGGAGAAUGUGUUUUUUAAGGUCUAAACAAAUAGUGCAUUUUAAACUUGAAACCAAAUCAAGUGCUAUAUUGCUGCAUUAUUUCAAUAUUAGUAUUAUCCCCCAGUAUUAUCUUCAUAGAUUGAUUGUUCUGGCACAUGGACUUACUGUGUCUUGAGUCGGACAAACAGUUUUGUAUGAGGCCUUUUUCAAAAUAUCUUUGCAUUGUAGUUCUCUUGAAUUCUGUAAUGCCCGGGCACUGCUUUUUUUUUAGCUAAACACCAAAGCGCUGCCCAUAUUUAUCUAAGGAGAUGCAGGUGGUUGGUGACAUUAGACUAGUAAAUUUAGAUAUUCUACAUUUAUAGUCUCAAAAUAGGCUUGCUCAUUUAUUUGACACAUAUGCGCUUUAGGUGAAUAUACAAACCUUUGCUUUGUAGUGAUACUUCUAAAGGGAUAGUUCACCCAAAAAUGGAUAUAUAUACCCUCAUGCCAUAACAGAUGUGUCUGACUUUCUGUCUUCAGAACACAAAUGAAGAUUUUUAGAAGAAUAUCUCAACUCUGUU